GCUGGUGGGUCGUGAGUACUUCAACAAUUUGGCAAUGCGUUCCUUUUUUCAAGAAGUACGAGAAGAAUAUGAGGUUACAAGGUGCAAGAUGCAUGAUAUAGUGCAUGAUUUUGCACAAUCUCUCACAAAAAAUGAAUGUCAUGCACUUGAUGGAACUCGAAGAAAUUCAUCUAGUGAAACAGCACGUCAUCUAACAAGUUUGGAAGGCACUAAGCAGGAGAUGUUUAGUUCUCGAGUCGUUGAUUUUGGAAGGCUCCGGAGCUUUUUAACUUUUCCAGGUGGAAGAGUAGUUCCCCAAAAUCUAUUCUGCAGUUUGAAAUGUGUGAGAACUCUGGCUUUAUGUGAUUGUGAGCUAGCUGAAAUCCCAGCCGAAAUCGGAAGGUUGAUUCAUCUUCGGCACUUGGACUUAAGUGAUAAUCCUUUCAUGACACUGCCAGAAGCUAUAUGUGAUCUAUAUUAUUUGGAAAUUUUGGAUAUCAGUUUUUGUAAAAAGCUUUCGUGCCUUCCUCAAAGGAUUGAAGGCCUUGUACACUUGAGGCACCUUUUCAAUCAUGUGGCCCUUGAAUUACGUCAAAUUCCACAAGGACUCAGGAAGCUGACGUCACUUUGUAGUUUGACUCGGUUCAUCGUCAGCAGCAACUCUAAUGUUUUGGCAACUUUGAAGGACCUGAACCAACUGGAAAGAUUGGACGUUUAUAUUGAUGAAGAAGUAGAUUUUGGGAGUGCAGAGCUCGAAAAGAAGGUCAAUAUGCGUGAAAUGAAUUUGUACUUUAGCUUCUUGACCCACUUUAUAGAAACUCCAAGUUGCAUUGAAACCAUGGAACCACCUCCAAACUUGGAACGACUUAGGCUAGAUGACUGUCCAGGAGCACAAUUACCAAGUUGGCUUGUGACAAGGUCUCACGCCAAUAACUUGACGAGGCUAAUUAUUGCUAGCCCCUGCAACAUCUCAUCCUUGUCUACCUUGUGGAAGCUAUCAUCCCUAGAAGAGCUUGUCCUUGAGGAAGCGGAAAAGCUGGAAUGUUUGGGUAAGGAAUUCUUCGGAGUUACAAAAGCACUACAUGAGAAUAGUCUUGAUGCUCUUGAUACAUUGUCAAACUCCGAGUCAUCAUCCUCAGCUGAAGCAGUGGCAUUUCCGAAUUUGAGAAAAUUACAUUUUUAUACCUUUCACAAUUGGACAAAUUGGGAAGACUUAAGUGAAGAUGAUGAAGAAGUUGUUGUCUCUAUCAUGCCGAGCCUGGAGGAGCUAGAAAUUUAUGACUGUGAAAAGCUUGAAAUUCUACCACGUCGCAUCCUCGGAAGGAUAUCAUCUCUCAAAAAAUUGGAUAUUUGGCAUUGCUCUAAGUUGGGGGAUCGAUACUCUGACAAAACAGGAGAUGAUUGGAAACAGAUAUCACACAUUCCUCAAGUUCACAUAUCCAAUUAGUAGUAAUCUACUCAGAUAAUGCUCGUUGAUGGCUCAAAAUGAAGCUACAGCAGAAGGCAUUGGGGGAUCAACCUCUACGUCAAUUUUUCACUUGGGUUCGUGUAAAAUUUCAAAUAAUUGUAAAUAAUGGUUGAAGAGGCACAUCCACUUGCUUUGUUCAAAAUCAUUUGUUGAAAGCAUCUGUAACCUCACCAAUU